AUGGCUCCGAUCCCCUCGUUUUCUUCUUCCGGUCACUGCCUCUCCUCUCAUCCUCUCCUAGACAGUCCAGCCGUCGCACCUCCUCUACUCCUCUACUCCUCUUUCUCAUCUCCUCCCCUUCCCUCCGAUGCUGACGUCGCCAAGGAGCGUGGUCACAUCCAGCAAUUAUCGCCGCUGCCUCCAGCGACCACCAUCGCAACCACCUCCGGCAGCCACCGCCAUCGCCGCCUCCCGCAGCUACUACAGUGGCCUCCGGCGGUCACCACCUUGCCACCUUUGGCGGCUAUCUCUGUCGUCAUCUCCAGGGACUACCACAGCCACCUCCAGCGGUCGUCCUCGCCACCUCCAGCGGCCUUCACCACUGACGCCGCCUCCAGCAUCCACCAGCCCUUCACGCCGCUGCCACCUCCACCACCGGCCGACCCACGACUUCCAUGA